CGGAGGCGACACUCUCAGGUAAAUUGGCAGGAUGAAGAGCAGCAAAUCAAAAGAGGUGCCUUUACCAAAUCCAAGGAACUCUCAAAGCAAGGAUACUGUCCAAGCAGAUAUAACCACAUCGUGGAAUGCACUUUCUCAGACCAAGGCUGCUCUGAGACACAUUGAAAACAAAUUAGAAGUUGUCCCUACAAGUACAGCUGUGUUUGAUUCUGUCAUGGAUACCAAGAAAUCUUCUGCAAGUGCUACCAGAAAAAUAAGUAGAAAAGAUGGUAGAUUCCUGGAUGACUCUUGGGUUAAUGCUCCAACCUCCAAAUCUUCAAAAUCACGAAAAGAGAAAUCUCGCAGCCCUCUCAGAGUUACCACCCUGGAGAGUAACAUAAGGAAAAAUAACCGCGUGGAGUUUCGUGAACCUUUGGUUUCUUACAGGGAAAUCCAUGGCACACCUUCCAAUAUAAGUCCUAGCCAUCUAGAGUCAAAGCAUGUAUAUUGUGUGGAUGUUAAUGAAGAAAAGCCUGAGAGUGGGAACCGGAUGAUCUGCAAUCGAGAAGAACGGAACAUACAUUGCUGUGAUUUUGAGAGCUCCCAAUCAUCUGUCAUCAAUGAUACAGUGGUUAGGUUUUUAAAUGAUCGACCAGCACUUGAUGCGUUGCAAAAUUCUGAAUGUUUGAUUAAGAUGGCAGGUCCUGUGAGAACUGAGGAAGAAAAGCCUAGUAGAGCAAAAGGAAAUGAGAAGGCUUCUGUAAGUAACAUGGGCCAUGAUGUCGAUCCAAAAGUGUUACGGAUAACGGACUCUUCUCCGUCCUCUACGAGUACUUGUAAUUCCCAAAGAUUAGAUAUUUUAAAGCAGCGACAACAUGAUGUCAAACUGGAAAAACUCAAGGAGCGAAUUAGGAAACAGUGGGAACACUCAGAAGAAACAAAUGGCCGGGGCCAGAAUCUGGGUCAUAUUGACCAUCCAGUAAUGGUUGUUAAUGUUGAUAACUCAGUGACAGCAAAAGUCAGGAAAGUGGCAACAGCACCACCCGCUCCAACAUAUAAAGGCUUCAAUCCUUCAGAGACCAAGAUUCGAACACCUGAUGGGAAAGUGUGGCAGGAGGCUGAAUUUCAAAACAUGAGUCGAGAACUGUAUCGAGACUUAGCACUUCACUUUGCAGAUGAUAUCUCUAUGAAAGAGAAACCUGCUGAAAAAAGUAAAGAGAAAAAAGUGGUCAAGCCAGUGCGAAAAGUCCAAAAGGUAACACAGUUAUCAAGUCCAGAAGGCAAAACAGGUAGCAGUCGUCUGAUAAGUACAUCUUCUUGGCGAGAUGGACAAAAAUUAGUAAAGAAGAUUCUGGGGCCUGCACCCAGAUUGGAGCAAAAAGAGCGAAGAACAGCAUCAAGUGACAGAAGUGGAAGAGAAAGAACUACUAAAUCUGGGGGUCAUAUUGGAAGAGCAGAAUCUGAUCCUAGAUUGGAUGUUUCGCAUAGACAUCUUCCACGAAACUCAGAACGUUCGAGAAGUAGAGCUCGGUCUGAGACUAAUACAAAGAAAUUAGCUCCAUCUCUUCCAGAUAAUAAACAGGAGGACAAUACUGCCUUAAAUAAGGACUUUUUACCUCUUGAAAUUCGUGGAAUUCUUGAUGACCUACAGCUGGAUUCUACAGUUCAGGCUGCCAGGCAAGAAAUAGGAGAGUUACAGAAUCCGAAGUCAUCAGCACCAGUACAAGCUCCUAGGAGUCACAGCCCAGUAAAAAGAAAACCUGACAAAAUAACAGCUAAUGAAGAUCCCCCUGUUAUUUCCAAAAAGCGCCACUAUGACACAGAUGAGGUACGGCAGUACAUUGUUAGACAGCAGGAGGAAAGGAAGAGGAAGCAAAAUGAAGAGAAGAAGGCUCAAAAGGAGGCCACCGAGCAAAAGAACAAACGAUUACAGGAGCUCUAUCGGAAACAGAAAGAAGCCUUUACUAAAGUCAAAAAUGUGCCUCCUUCUGAGCCAUCAGUAACCAGGCGACUGCAGGAAACUUACUCCAAAUUGCUACUAGAAAAGACCUUGCUUGAAGAGCCGCCUCACCAACAUGUCACACAGGAAACGCAGACCAGACCAGGGUAUCAACCUUCUGGAGAAUCUGACAAAGAAAACAAAGUCCAGGAACGUCCCCUAAGUGCAUCUUCCAGUAGUGACAUGUCUCUGUCAGAACCUCCACAGCCUCUUGCAAGAAAGGACCUGAUGGAACCUACUUGGAUGCAGCCUGACAGAUUGAGCCCACGAGUCCACAAUUCUCAACCACAGCCUCUUGCUGGAACAGCUGGAAAUUUACUCUCCCAUCUCUUGAGUCUAGAGCAUGUAGGAAUUUUGAAUAAGGAUUUUGAAUCUAUUUUACCACCCAGGAAGAAUCAUAAUAUGGCCUCAGGGCCAUUAACUUUUACACCUCAACCAUAUCUGACCUCACCAGCUGCUCAUCCAGAUGCCUUGUUAAAACCUAGUGCCAGCCAGUAUAAAAGUAAACUGGAUCGUAUUGAAGCCUUGAAAGCAACAGCUGCUUCUCUGUCCAGCAGGAUUGAAAGUGAAGCCAAGAAAUUAGCUGGGGCUAACAUUAACUAUGGGUCAGUAUGGAGCACUGAGUAUGAUGUACAGCGAACACCCCAAGAGGAUGGAUCUUGGACGAAGGCUCCAAGUCCACCUAUGAAAGAGGAUACUGAAGAUGUUUUCUCUGCCCGAAUUCAAAAGAUGAUGGGAACCUGUGUAUCUCAUGCAACUUUUGAUGACGAUCUUCCUGGUGUAGGCAACCUUAGUGAAUUUAAAAAGCUUCCUGAGAUGAUAAGACCUCACAGCGCCAUAUCAAGGUUUAGAAUGCGAUCCCCCGGUCCCAAACCAGAAGGGCUGCUGGCACAAUUGUGUAAGAGGCAGACUGACUCUUCUAGCUCUGAUAUGCAAGCUUGUUCUCAAGAUAAAGCCAAAUUGUCUCUUGGCUCCAGCACAGAUUCAGUCAGUGAAGGGCCUCUUCUUAGUGAAGGGAGUCUCUCUGAAGAAGAGGGAGGCCAUGAUGGACAGCCCCCAUUGAAGGUAGCAGAAAUCUUAAAGGAAAAGGAAUUUUGUGCUGGUGAAAGAAAUGGUUAUGAACCCAUCAAAGAAUUUCAGAAGGAAGCUGAAAAAUUCUUGCCACUUUUUGGGCACAUAGGUGGUACACAAAGCAAAGGACCAUGGGAAGAAUUGGCAAAGGGAAGUCCACAUAGUGUCAUUAAUAUUUUUACAAAAUCCUAUCAGUUGUAUGGAAAAGGGUUUGAAGACAGGUUGGAAAGAGGAACCUCAGCCUCGCGGCCUUUAAAUGCCGUCACGACCCCUGUGAGCAGUGUUUCAUAUGAAGAUGACUUUGUCUCCUCUCCAGGGAGUGGGACUUUGACAGAAAGAAAAUCAGCUCUUGAACCUAAUGUGGGCCUUCAAGAGGACCAUUGUAGCAGAAAAUCUGCCUAUGACCUGUCCUCUGUGGACAUUACCUCCCAGCGCUCGUCAGGGGCCCAGUCUGCUGCAUCAUCUCGCUCAUCUGCGUCUUCUAAAGGGAAGAAAGGAAAAAAAGAAUGGCUGGAUUCACUCACUGGAAAUGUUCAGAACUCACUUCUUGAUGAGGAGAAAGUACACUCCGGCUCAGAACGUGGCUCUCAUCAAGGAAAGAAAUCUGGGACCAGUAGCAAAGUUUCUGUUAAAGACUUUGAGCAGACUCUUGACACUGAUAGCGUUUUAGAGGAUCUUUCUGGGCAUUCUGUGAGUGUCUCGUCAGACAAGGGAAGAUCUCAGAAAACUCCAACUUCUCCCCUAUCUCCAAGUUCCCAGAAAUUGUUGCAGUUUGACCUUCCAGGAACUUCACUGGAAAGAUCUAAAUCCUCGGUAAUAAUGCCUCCAUCUGUGACAGGAUUUAAGCCUAAUGCACCUUUUACUGACAUGAACCCUCCUGCCAGCAGAACGCCCUCAGAGAUGUUAUUAUGCCUUCCAGGUUCUAAGCGCUUUUCUCCUGCUGGCCUCCAGCAUCGAAUGGCGGCAGAACUCAGUUACUUGAGUGCCAUUGAGGAGUCCGUGCGCCAGCUCUCAGAUGUGGAGAGAGUUAGGGGCAUAUCGCUGGCUCAGCAGGAGAGCGUGUCUCUGGCUCAGAUCAUAAAGGCACAGCAGCAACGCCAUGAAAGAGACUUGGCCCUUUUGAAAUUGAAGGCUGAGCAAGAGGCUCUGGAGUGUCAGAGACAAUUAGAAGAAACCCGAAACAAAGCAGCUCAGGUCCAUGCAGAAUCAUUACAGCAGGUGGUCAAAUCACAGCGGGAAGUCACCGAAGUCCUGCAGGAAGCAACUUGUAAAAUAGCUGCUCAGCAAACAGAGACUGCUCGCCUCACCACAGAUGCAGCUCGCCAAAUUUGUGAAAUGGCAGAGUUGACUCGGACUCAUAUCUCAGAUGCCAUUACUGCUUCAGGAGCUCCCCUAGCAACGCUGUAUGACCACCAGCGGCAGCAUGCUCCCGACUUCGUGAAACAGCUGAGGACCAGAGCUGAAGCAGAUAGGAAAAGUCCAUCUGUUUCACUCUCCCAGAGUAAAGAAGGGACCCUUGACUCAAAGCAUCAGAAGUAUUCCCCUUCAUAUGAUAGUUAUUCUGAGUCAUCAAGAUAUAAGAAUCAUGAUCGAAGAAGUAGCAGUGGUAGCAGCCGUCAAGAAAGUCCCUCAGUUCUAUCUUCUAAGGAAAAUGAGAGGAAGCUUCAUGGUGAAAAGAUGGAGAGUUCCAUUGAUGAACAGGUUCAGACCGCUGCAGAUGAUUCUCUACGAAGUGACAGCGCACCCUCUCUUCCUGAUGAGAAAGAUUCAACUUCUAUUGCAACAGAAUAUUCACUGAAAUUUGAUGAAUCUAUGACAGAAGAUGAAAUAGAAGAAAAAUCAUUUCGAUCUUUACUACCUUCUGAGAGCCAUCGCAGAUUUAACAUGGAAAAGAAAAGAGGCCAUCAUGAUGACUCUGAUGAUGAAACUUCUCCGGAAAAGACAACACUGUCUUCUGCUAAGGAGCUGAGCAUGCCAUUCUCAGGAGGACAAGAUAGUUUUUCUAAGUUUACGAUGGAGAUGGUUCGACAGUAUAUGAAAGAAGAGGAAAUGAGGGCAGCUCACCAGUCUUCACUCCUGCGUCUCCGUGAGAAGGCCUUGAAGGAGAAAACUAAGGCUGAAUUAGCCUGGUUAGAGCAUCAGAAAAAACAUCUACGAGACAAAGGAGAAGAUGAUAAAAUGCCCCCACUUCGGAAGAAACAGCGUGGUUUGCUUUUAAGGUUGCAGCAAGAGAAGGCGGAAAUUAAACGUCUUCAAGAAGCCAAUAAGGCAGCUCGAAAGGAAAGACAACUAAUUCUUAAACAGCAGGAGGAGAUAGAGAGGAUCCGACAGACCACCAUGAAAUUACAGGAAAAGCUGAAGUCAGCAGGGGAGAAUAAAUUGGACUCUCAUAGUGACGAUGAUACAAAGGAUAAUAAGGCAACCAGUCCUGGUCCAACUGACUUGGAGACCCGCAGUCCUUCCCCCAUUUCAAUCUCCAGCAGUGAAACUAGCAGCAUUAUGCAGAAACUGAAAAAAAUGAGAAGCCGCAUGGAUGAAAAGUUUCUGACAAAGCGAGAGCAGAAACUAAUGCAACGGCGACAACACGCAGAGGAGCUGCUGGAGUGGAAGCGACGUUUGGAUGCAGAGGAAGCAGAAAUUCGUCAAAUGGAGAAACAAGCUUUGGCUGCCUGGGACAAAGAAUUAAUAAAACCUAAAACUCCGAAGAAAGAAAUUGAGGACCAGAGAACAGAACAGAAAGAAAUAGCAAGUGAAGCAGAAUCUCCAGUACCUUCUUACUCUCACCUCCACAGUGAAAGCUCUAUUCCAGAAGAAUUGGGCAGUCCUGCUGUUGGAUAUAUACCCUCCGAGUCUAUAGUUCAGGAGCAGUCAGGGAGUCCAGAUCAUAGUGUACUUACUGAAGAAAUGGUUUUUUCACAAGAACUGGAAUCUUCUACCUCUCCUAGUAAACAUUCACCUCCCAAAAGCUGCACAUCAGUGUCAAAGCAGGAGUCUAGCAAAGGAAGUCAUAGGACUGGAGGACAGUAUCGUCUACCUAUCAAGUCCCAUCAACACUGUUCUAGUUGGUCAGAUGAGUCAUUAUCUAUGACACAGUCAGAAACAACAUCUGACCAAAGUGACAUUGAAGGUAGGAUCAGAGCCCUAAAGGAUGAGCUGCGGAAAAGAAAAUCAGUUGUGGACCAGCUGAAGAAGGAACAGAGAAAACGGCAGAAGGAAAGACUGAAAGCCCAAGAAGCCAGUCUGAUCAAACAGUUAGAGUCAUAUGAUGAAUUCAUUAAGAAAACUGAAGCAGAGCUUAGCCGAGAUUUGGAAACAUCACCAACAGCCAAGCCUCAAAUUAAAACGCUCUCCUCAGCUUCUGAAAAACCCAAGAUCAAGCCCCUUCCACUACACAGAUCUGAAACAGCAAAGAACUGGAAAUCACUAACAGAAUCAGAGCGUGCCAGAGGGUCAUUGGAGUCCAUUGCUGAACAUGUUGAUGCUGCAUUGGCAGGUUCUGAGAGAUCAGUAUCGGAAAGGUCUUUAUCUGCAUAUGCGAAGAGAGUCAUUGAAUUGGAUAGACAAACAGAAGAGCAUUUUCAGACUUCAUCCCCAAUUCUUAGAUCAUCAAGGAAAGCCAGAGCAGAAUCUGGCGAUUCUUUAGAAAAUGUACCAUCAUUAUCUCUUCUCAAAGAAUUGAAUGCCCCUAAUAGAAUUCUGGAUGUGUUAGAUGCCAAGGUUGAAGAAGCUAGUCAAAAAUCAGAAAUACAAGAAGUGGACUAUGCAAAAUUGGAAGAGAGUGUGAUUGAAGAGGCCUAUUCAAAACAAUGUAGGAAGUCUGAUGUCUUACUGAAACUAGACCUGGAACAGGGAGAUUCAUCUGAAAUUCUUUCAAGGAAGGAUCUUCCUUUAGAUUCUGUAAAUGUUCAGAAAGACUUAGUUAGAUUAGCCAUUGAAAAUCUUCAUAAAAAACAGUUGAAAGAGAGAGAGUCAGAUCAAGGUACUGAUCACAGUACAAGCACCCAAUCAGAAAAAGAAGUUCAUGAACAAAGGAACAUAAAGGAAAGGGACUCAUCUUUGUCAGAGCAUCUUUUUGCUCCUAAGGAGACAUCAUACUCUGAAGAUUUUGAAGUGUCUUCUCUCAAGAAAGACAUUUCAGCUGACCUGUACAAAGAUGACUUUGAGGUGUCAUCUUUGUUGUCACUCAGGAAAGACUCUCAAUCUUGCAGAGAUGAGUCACGGCCAACAAAGAACUCUACAAGUAGAGCCACUAGCUUGGGCAGUGAUGAUGAAAUCAGUGAGUGCCUCAGUGAGAAAAGCCUUUCUGUUCAUAGCAGUGUCCACUCUGAGAGGCUAUUAGAACUCAAGUCCCCCACUGAGCUUAUGAAAAGUAAGGAGCGCAGUGAUGUAGAACAUGAACAGGGAGUUACGGAACCCCCUUCCUUGGUUUCAGUUUCUGUUGCAGAUGAGUUACAUGAUUUCCACAUUGGCGAUAGGGUGUUGAUUGGCAAUGUUCAGCCAGGAACUCUUCGAUUCAAAGGCGUGACCAGUUUUGCCAAAGGAUUUUGGGCUGGAGUGGAGUUGGAUAAAGCUGAAGGAAAUAACAAUGGGACAUAUGAUGGCAUUGUAUACUUUGUGUGCAGAGAGAAGCAUGGUAUUUUUGCUCCCCCUCAAAAAAUAUCUCACAUUCCAGAAAACUUUGAUGACUAUGUAGACAUAAAUGAAGAUGAAGAGUCUUACUCAGAUGGACGAUAUCAAUACUAUAAUCAAGAACAAAAAGAUACAGCAGAUUCCAAAUUUGAUAGAGAAAAGGAUGCAGUUGAAUAUUUUUAUGAGAACUCUCUACCUAGUAUGCAUGAUAUAGAAGCCUCACUUGAUAGAAGCCUUAAAAUAGAAACAGACAAGGUACAGGACGUUUCUGGGGUACUUGAAGCCCAUGUUCACCAGCAAUCUUCAGUGGAUUCACUGAUCUCUUCAAAGGAAAACAAAGACGUUCCUGGUGCCAUAGAAAAGGUUUCCAUUGCUGUAGAAGGCGAUACUUUAGACAAUGCCUUUUCUGAAGAAUUAAAGCAGCAGCAGCAGUUGACAGAAAAGGAAGAGGACCUAUGUCCUGAGGUGUCAGAAAAGCUCUCUACUCCACUUCUAGAUCUUUUAACAAGAGAAAAGAACCAACUGGAAGCCCAGCUGAGGUCCUCACUAAAUGAGGAAAAGUCAAAGCAGCAGCUAGAAAAAGUCAGCUUACUGACAGACAGUUUACUAACAGUCUUUGUGAAGGACACAGUCAAUCAACUACAAGAAAUCAAAAAAGCUAGGAAUGAGAAAAUCCAGCUUAGCAAUCAAGGGCUUCUUGAUGAUGAUCGACAGAGUAUGCCACCCCAAUGCCUAUCCCAAAAUCUUGAGGAACAGUCAGCAAGCGUUCCAGAUUGCUUCUUAAGGCCUGACUUAGAAGAUGAAAAAGAAGAGAUUUCUUCACCAGAUAUAUGCCCCAGGCCUGAGAGUCCAGUAUUUGGUGCCAGUGGACAGGAGGAGCUCGCUAAAAGACUUGCUGAACUUGAGAUCAGCCGGGAGUUCCUGAGUGUGUUAGGAGAUGAUCAAGACUGGUUUGAUGAAGACUUUGGUUUGAGCUCUUCUCACAAGAUCCCCAAAAACAAGGCAGAAGAAACAAUUGUACCUCUAAUGGCAGAACCUAAAAGAGCUCCCCAAAAGCCAUGUGAGACACUGUUGGCAGUCCCCCAUACCACAGAGGAAGUAGAAACUCUUGUACAUAAUGCAGUGGAAGAACUCUGGAAAUGGAAAGAAUUAGGUCACGAUCUCCACAGCAUCAGUGUUCCUGCAAAACUGCUUGGCUGUGCCAGUAAGGGUCUAGAUAUAGAAAGCACUAGUAAAAGAGUCUACAAACAGGCGGUUUUUGAUUUAACAAAAGAGAUUUUUGAGGAAAUAUUCGCAGAGGAUCCCAACUUGAAUCAACCCGUCUGGAUGAAGCCAUGUAGAAUCAACUCCAGUUAUUUCCGACGAGUGAAAAACCCAAAUAACCUUGAUGAAAUCAAGAACUUCAUAGCCACCGAAGUGCUCAAGUUGUUUAGUCUUAAAAAGGAGCCAAACCACAAAACAGAUUGGCAGAAAAUGAUGAAAUUUGGAAGAAAGAAAAGAGACCGAGUGGAUCAUAUCCUGGUGCAGGAGCUGCACGAAGAGGAGGCGCAGUGGGUGAACUAUGACGAGGAUGAGCUGUGUGUGAAGAUGCAGCUCGCCGAGGGGAUCUUCGAGACCUUGAUCAGAGAUACUAUCGAUGUUCUGAAUCAGAUCAGUGAAAAACAGGGGAGAAUGCUACUUGUGUGA